AUGUUUAGCCGCGACACCGGUUCACCACAGUGGAAGGAGGAGUAUUCAAUUUAUAAGAACCUCUUGCCGUACAAAGUACAAACCCUUCAUCCCAACUUGUGUUUCACCAGCUUCGCUCAAUACGCGACCAGAGUCCGAGGUAGCCCCAGAUCGUUGGCCACCACCGCCCUCUCCUUGGCAUUCAACACGACUCGUUUCACAACAAAAUCGAUGAUAUCUAUCUCCAAACGCCACGGCUUAAAGCGUAGAGAGGCGGCGGUGUUGCGGGAUUGUGUGGAACAACUAGGAGACUCCGUUGAUGGGCUGAAAGACUCGAUCGCGAAACUACGUUUACCUACUGCGGGCAACAGCGAUGUUCGACGUCAAAUGAAUGAUAUACUGACAUGGGUGGCUUGUCUGGGAAAUCCAUUAACCGUAAUUUUAAGACCGGAGUGA